AGGUGCCCCUUCCUCAAUGAAUUCUUAAGGCGACGCGCGACGGUUGCUGCCCUUGACUACCCUCUUUACCGCCUCCCGUCAAUUGUUCGAGAAUUGCACUGAAGGGGUUAUUAGGCUAGUAUCUCGCAAAUAUACGCAGAGCCUUGAAUGGGUGGAACGUGUAAGGUUACACAACCUUUCCGGCGCACCGACAUAAUUCUCCGAGAUCUUAAUGUUUGGAUUCGAGCUAAAUUAGCAUCGGAAGCUGGAAGUCAGCGUUCAUUCAAUUCAACUUGAAACCUUCUCCUGGUAGAAGAAACGUUUGGCUUCGUACUAGAUGAUGACGCAUUUGGACCACAUCAAUGAUGACGUUGAAUCGACGCAUGAAGGGCUCACAGCCUUACCGAAAUGGGAGGGCAUUCGAAUCCCUAAUAGACCACCCAUCCAGAAAGGUAGCCGAGGCUUAAUGCUCAAUGAUGGCUUUAUGAAAGAGAUCUUAGGAGCCAGACCUCGGUCUAGCGCAAGCGAUCCAGCAGAAGAAGAAAACCCCAAACAUUCGCGGAUGAUGAUUUGGUUAGUGUUGAUGCUGGUAAUUUUACUUGCUUUGGCUAUUGUCCUUGGAGCGGUCCUGGGAACGUUCCUCAACCCGAGUGGCCAGUCACGCCCCCCUAAUUCAUCAGUUACAGACAUUCCAGCUGUUCCAACACCAACUAGCGGCAUCGCUUCUCCUAAUGGGACUCGUCCCCCGUCCCUUGCGGUGACUGGAUGGAAUGUCGCAGGACCUUCAGGAUACUUCACUGUGUGGUUGUUCUCCCAAGAUAGCAAAGGGUUCUUGUCUCGAUCUACUUUCAACUCAAGCACUGGCAACUGGACUCGAGUGUCUCACUUUUCCACUGCCAAACGAGGAAGUCCUCUUACGGCUACCGCUUUAAAUUCAGAGUACUAUGCAAACCAAGGGAACUACAGCUUUAGCGGCAUUCAAUACCAAGCAGAAGUAGUCUAUCUCAACGAUCUCAACUACGUUUCGGAAUGGAUUUUUCCAGACAAUGGGCCUACAAUUGGACAACCUGGGUCGCUAGACCAGCAAAGGUAUACAGCGUCCGAAAGUUCAAAUCUUGCGUUUUACUGGCCAAAGCUUGUGUACCAAGGGCUGGGUGGAGAGCUUCGUGGAGUCAAUUUUGAGUGCCAUAAGAAGAACCAGUGUUGGCAUGAUUCUGUCCUACGAUCGACCGAACCAAGCAAUGGUACUCGAUUAGCUUUGGUACCAUUAACAAACAACCUCUCAUCUACUGCAUUAUUUUACAGGCAGGAAGAUGGUUCAUAUGUUAACUAUAAGGAAGAUGGCGGCCAAGCGUCCGUGAUAUGGAGGAAUAGGGCAUUCUCAGGCCUUGUACCAGCAGACUCUUCCCUAGCUGCAUUCUCAACUACACGCCCCGGGAAGACUGUCUCAAGUUUAAACACCUACCUCCUUUGGCAAGACAAAAACGGGACGAUGCAGGUUAGUUGGUCAGACACAGACGAAGGGUGGAAAGGCCCUGUUACGCAUCCUGCUUUCGAUGGUGCCGAUAAAAACACCGCAAUCACAUGUUUGACCGGCCUUACUUUCCCUAAUUUUCCCCUUCCGGUUGGUUCAGAGCUCUCUCGGUGUUAUUUUCAAGCAAGGGGUUCGGUCCGAGAGGUAAGCUUUAACGGAACAAGCUGGGAUACUGUUGGCAACGUCCCUAUUGAUAUUUAACACUCCUUCACAUAUCUCUUCCUCUUUGGCUCCUUCUCGAUAGCUACCGUUUAAUCAUUUUAAUGGCGACGUUGGAGGCCAGUGUACGAUAUGCCUAAAAUAGCAAGCCGGACUCGCCGUCAGCCACAACCCGAGUUCGA